AUGCCAAGGUGUGCGAUAUGUGAUAGCCAAUCAUUCGAGGUAGUCGACGGAUAUCACUACUGUGACCUAUGUGGAACACAAUCUCAGGCUGUUUUUGAAUCAGCUACUGGUGAUGAAGGCGCUACAGUACUUCUUGGACGAGCAGUAAGUCGAAGUAGAAGAUCUCUGGGUGGUAUGCCAAGAAAAGUUGUAGAUAAAGGUGUGAUAUGGUAUACUAGCGAAGGCUUCACUUUUGUUAUCAAAGCACAAGUUGAACAACUUAUUAAGUUAGGUGCUGAUCCAAAGUUACAACAUGUCGUACGACAGCUAUGGUUUGGAUACUUGAAAAAAAUUGGAAUUGCAUUCCAAGAAUCGACCUCAAAGGCUCAACAAGAAACGAUUCGUGAAUUAUAUUGCAGAACGAAUCGAGAUGUCAUUCAAGUUACCAAAGACAAUCCUAUUCCGUUAAAAACUCGAAAAAGAAAACGCAAACCUGCUAAACUCGAUGUAAUUGAUUCAGCUUUUCUGAAUUCUCAACUAACUUCGGACGAUUUCUAUCCGGAAGAUGAUCCAUUUAACGAACCAACAGCGGGUAGUCCAGAUAAAUCGUAUAUCAGUAGUGAUUCUGAUGAUGAUAACCAAAAUGAUCCACAAAUUAGCAUGCCCGAUCCGUCCAUUAUUUCUGGAUCAGUCAGUGAUUUAUUUAUGUCAGGAAGUAUGCCUAAAGGUAAACUUGCAAUGAUUUUGCAGAUGAAGCAGUGCUAUACUAUUGUGUUUUGCUGCUUAGGCUUGCGUUGGAUAAAUGAGCUAAUAUUGCCGAGUGACGUUAUUAAUUGGAUAGAAGACGGAGCUGUCUCUUAUCUCGAUGUAUCUGAUAUUCUACCAGCAUCUAUGAAAUUUUCCUCUUCCGAUCACUUAACAUUUUGUAAACAGUAUUUACCUUCGACCACUCUGAUUGAAAAUUACAUGAAGGACCUUGCUCGUGCUCUUGAGUUACCUCCGUUUCCUAUUCCUGAUUUACAAUUGCUGACUGGAAGAUUUAUAUUAGAUUUGCAGUUACCUCCAGUCUUUCAUCGUUUAGUGAACAUCAUUAUAUCCAAGUGUGAUAUCUUUAAAACAAAUAAAAGUAGCAACAUGGUUACCAUUACCUUUUGCAUCAGCACUGCAGCCAUGGCGAUUGUAAUUCUUGUAGUAAAAUCAAUUUAUGUAUUGGAUGAUAAUCAAGAGCAUUUAUUAGCUAAAUACAGUGAGAGCGUGGCUGACAAUGGUAAUCUCAGCGAUAGUGUUUGGGUGUGGGAAGAAUGGAUCAAUUUUAUUGAAGCUAGAAUUUUCAGUAAUGCUACAGCUAGUUUACCCUGGUCAUUAGAUAGUUUAAAAUAUUUCAAGGAUUGGGAUCGCUACAUUGCAUAUUGUCGAGAAAAGGUUUUCGGUAGUUGGAAACCAAGAGUGGCCUAUAACCGUGACAGAAAGAUCAUUAAUGCUGAAAAUAUUGAAGCUUUAUUAUCGGAUUCUUCCCGACACUCAGACGACGAACAUCUUGAUUUAGAUUCUAGGAAAUAUCGAUCAAAACUAUCCACUUUUCCUGUAUCAGGUGGUUCUAAUGAUCAAAAUGCAUUUAAGCCAGUUCGACACAUACCGCUGUCGAAACUUGAUGUUUUGCUUUCGUCAGAGAAUGAGGACGGAUUUUGGAAUUAUUACGUUCAAUAUUGUAGUUUUGAUGAGAUUUAUAAAGUUCGCCCCUUUAAGAAUUAUAAAAAGGAUGUAGUUAUUGACCAAAAUGAUGCGAUGACAUUUCAUAAGUCCUAUAAUCUUUUAUUAAAUAUUUGUUCUAGGAUAAUUAAAGUUACUCCUUUAGAUUUGCACCGCAGAGUCGCUUAUUUCGAGCGAUAUUUAUUUUCGUUAUCUGGAAGAAGGUGUUUACUUACUGGUGUCGAAGUACCAUGA